UUUUGAUAGCCAUUUGCAUUUGAAUCCCUCGAUCACCUGACAUUUCUCACUCCCUUUACUUCACUUAUAGUGUCGUUGCAGCCAUGAUGGACGGCAUGGAAGAGGUUCUUCACAGCGAGACGAACGGGACGAAGAGUGGGAGGUCAGACACAGUGGACCUCAAUGACAGUACUCUCCAGGUGGAUAUAUCAGAUGCCCUUAGUGAAAGAGAAAAAGUUAAAUUUACCGUCCACACAAAGACAACCUUGCCAGACUACAACAAAUCCGAGUUUUCGGUUGUACGACAGCAUGAGGAAUUCAUCUGGCUACAUGACCGGUUUGAUGAGAAUGAAGACUAUGCAGGCUACAUUAUACCCCCACCGCCCCCCCGUCCGGACUUUGAUGCAUCUCGGGAAAAGCUGCAGAAAUUGGGCGAAGGCGAGGGAAGCAUGACCAAAGAGGAGUUUAACAAGAUGAAGCAGGAAUUGGAGGCCUGGUUUGCAAGCAUCUGGGCUCGGGUCCAGAACCGAGGAAAGGUAGCCAAGCUUAAGGGAGGGAGCACGCCCAUUUCACAGGAGAUGUUGGCGAAGAUGAAGGAAGAACUGAAGUUGUGAGUCCUGCUCUCUCUCUUCUACCAUGGCUAAAUUAUUUGUUGGCUGGGGUUUUGGAAUGGAAGGGAGAUGUGGUGAUGGUAGGAAGGAUUAAAGGAACUCGAGCCACUUUCAUUCUUAGUAUUUACUGUGAAUGGGGUAAUUGAAAUUUAGUAUUUUAUAGUUAGGUACAUUGGUAUUGGUAAGCCACUGCUAAUGGGUAGCUUCUAUAUACAUACCAUUACAUGAAUGGAUUCCUUUCCAGGUUGCAUAAACACUCAUAUAUUGAGCCUGCCAAGCUCCAAUUU